AUGGCCCCGGCGGACCCCGUUGGGCGGCGCGGGAGGGAGAGGGGCAAGAGUUCCCUGCGGGCUCCCAGAGGAGCUGUCCGGAGCCCGGAGGGCGAGCUAGCAAGGCCGAAGCGAGAGCUGUGGAACCGCAGACGCCCCUACCCCGUCGGCUGGGGGCGUGGCCAUCAGCGGGACGUGCCCAAAGUGUCCAAGCGAUUGGGCUACGGGAGAAUGGAGGCGGGGCCCUCCUCCCCCCCUCCCCAGGAGCGCAGAUCCAGAAAACAGGGUUUUGUUAGUAAAGAAUUGAUAUCUAGAAGCAUCUGCUACAUCUUCUCCAACAUAGCCCCUGCUUCAACCCUGCAGUGGUUUUCUACUGCUCUAAAAGAAAAUCUAAAAUCUUUAAAGUGGGAGCUUCCGGUGGAAGGGUCUGGGGAAAGGGCAGCAAGUACCAUAUUCGGCCACAAAGGUGACAAGAAGAAGCCCCUGACGCAGCCCAAGAAGCAAGCCAAGGAGAUGGGAGACAGGGCAUUCAAGCAGAAGCAAAAGGAGCAGAAGAAACUUGAAAAGCUAAAAGCAAAGGCUGAGGGCCCCCUGGCUACAGGUGAAAUCAAGAAAUCUGGCAAAAGGUGAGCUGUUCUUAUGCCUGGGGCAAUAGUGAUCCUUUAUUCCAUUCCUGUUUUAACAUCUGGAUUUCCUGUCAUGACAUCUCUUGCCACCUAUAGAAUGAAGUGUCGUCUGGUAGCCUGUCGUACAUUUAAGAAUAAACUUUUGUUAAUCAUCAUCAUCAUCAUCAUCAUCAUCAUGCAGUGUCUGUCUCUUUAGUUCGUCUCACUGCCAUUUCAACUUUAGCUGUAAGGUCAGAGUAAACCCAGCCCAGAAUCCUAUCAAAGUGUGUUCUUCAGUCUCUCUUCCAUCCAGAAUUCUGUACCAGCUGGAAUUAAAACUCGUUUGAAUGGC